AACCCUUCAAAAACCCUUACAUUUCCGACCUAUUCCUCGCACACUUCUUACUUCUCAGCCUCCAAAAAUGGCGACGCAAACCCUCUAUCGCGCUAUCCUCUCAAAACCCAAAUCACUAUCUUCCUUCCUCUUCCCUUACUCCCGCUCUUUCUCUUCCUUUUCCUCAUCCGCCGCCGCUGCUUCCUCAACCAAAACUCUUAUCACCCCGUCUGCACCGCCUUCCCUCUCCUUCUUCCGUCGCCUCCGUGCACCGCCUUGCUACUCACUCCUCCUUCGAGACUCAGUUUCCCCAUACGUCAAAUCGUUCUCCACUAAAGCAGCCAGGUCCUCCCUCAACGACCCCAACCCUAACUACUCGAAUAGACCCCCGAAAGAAACGAUUUUGCUCGACGGCUGUGAUUUUGAACAUUGGCUUGUUGUGAUGGAGCCGCCUAAAGAGGAUGCUACUAGGGAUGAUAUUAUUGAUUCUUAUAUCAAAACUCUAGCUCAAGUAGUGGGAAGUGAGGAUGAAGCGAGGAUGAAGAUUUAUUCUGUUUCUACCAGACACUACUAUGCAUUUGGAGCUCUUGUGUCUGAAGAGCUUUCUUAUAAAAUCAAAGAACUUCCUGGAGUUCGUUGGGUUCUUCCAGAUUCCUACCUGGAUGUGAAGAAUAAGGAUUAUGGAGGGGAACCUUUCAUUAAUGGUCAAGCAGUGCCGUACGAUCCCAAGUACCAUGAGGAAUGGGUGAGGAACAAUGCUCGAGCAAAUGAAAGAAACAGACGCAAUGAUAGACCUCGUAAUUAUGAUAGAUCGAGGAACUAUGAGAGGAGAAGGGAGAACAUGCUGCCUAAUAGGGAUAUUCCUCCAAAUCAGGGCAUGCAGAAUACAGCUGGAAUGCCACCACCCAACAUGAACGUGGGAGGAAUGCCCCCACCCAACAUGAACGUGGGAGGGAUGCCGCCACCCAACAACAAUAUGGGAGGCAUGCCGCCACCCAACAACAAUAUGGGAGGGAUGCCGCCACCCAACAACAACAUGGGAGGGAUGCCGCCACCCAACAACAAUAUGCGAGGGAUGCCGUCACCCAACAACGAUAUGCGAGGGAUGCCGCCACCCAACAACGAUAUGCGAGGGAUGCCGCCACCCAACAACGAUAUGCGAGGGAUGCCGCCACCCAACAACAGCAUGGGGAAUAUGCCACCAAAACAAGGAUGGUCGGGAAAUAAUCAGAACUUCCAAAACGGCCCUAGCUAUGAUAAUGUACAAAACUUUCAAAAUGUCCCAAACUAUGGUAACACUCCUUAUCAAGGUGGUACGUCCAAUGCUGAAUACCAGAGUAAUUAUGGUCCAAACAAUGGUAGUGGAAACAUGCCUGGUGGUGGAAACUAUCGAUAUUAAAUAUUUGUUCUAGUUGAAUUCGAAGACUACUUUAGCAUUUAGGCAAUGCUGUAGAUAAAGAGAAUAUGCCUAGACUUAUGACUUUUCGGCUACUAAAGAAUUACUAUUUUGAGA